AAAAACAUUAACGCUUUAGAUUAUAUGAACUUUAGUCGGGUGAGAUAGCUUCCAACUGGAAGCACAUUUAAUCACAUAUUUCUCUUCGUUUAUUAAUUGCUCCGCCUUUUAUAAUUGAUACAUCUGUUGAAAUAUAAUAGUAGUUUAUUGUAUUUUUUUUAUUUUUAGUUUAUUUAGACGAAUAAAGAACAUACGGGUGCAGCUUUACAAGUAAUCAUACAGUUUCAUUUGAAUAUUUAGAAGAUGCAAAAAUUGAUGUUCACAAUCUUUCUUCUCUUUCGUAUCGGUGACGGAAACGAGAAUUGUCAGAUUACCAGACGGAGCGAGUGGGCUGAUGUAGACGCAAAAAGCACAAAUUAUUUAAUUAUUCCCAUACCAUAUGUCAUUAUUCAUCAUACAGUUACCGCAGAAUGUGAUACUAGAAGUACAUGUACUGAUCAAGCCGAGAACAUUCGAUCUUAUCACAUGGAUAGUAAUGGAUGGGAUGAUAUAGGAUACUCAUUUCUAAUCGGUGGAGAUGGGAAUGUAUAUGAGGGCCGCGGCUGGAAUCGUGAAGGAGCUCAUACCAUUGGAUAUAAUAAAAAAUCUAUCUCGAUUGCUUUUAUAGGAAAUUUUCAAGAAAAGGCCGCAAGUGAUAAAAUGAUGAAUGCUGCGCAUAAAUUAAUUCAUUGUGGCAUAUCAGAAGGAAUACUUAGAGCAGAUGUUCGUGUAAUCGGUGCUAAACAAGUUACAGCCACUAAGAGUCCUGGAUCGCAACUUCAGAAGCAGAUUAGAAAUUGGCCUGAAUGGGUUUCUACUCCGUAACCGCAGAACAUAAAAGUUUAAAUGUAGUAUUUGUAUAGCAAUAACAAUGUUAUACGAAUAAUAUAAUUAACAGGGAAAAUGUUGAUUUGGGUAAUAUAUUUAGCAUCUUUUAUUUUA